CAGGAACAGCCUUCUCCUCUUCUCCUGCCUCUCUGCCUCUGACUCACUGACCUUCUGCCGAGAUGUCCUGCCAGCAGAACCAGCAGCAGUGCCAGGCCCCGCCCAAGUGCCCCUCACCCAAGUGCCCCCCGAAAAGCCCAGCACAGUGUCUGCCCCCAGCCUCCUCCGGCUGUGCUCCGAGCCUUGGGGGCUGCUCUGUCCCCAGCUCCGAGGGCGGCUGCUGCCUGAGCCACCACAGGCACCGCAGGUCCCACCGAUGCCGGCGCCAGAGCUCCGACUCCUGUGACCGGGGCAGUGGUCAGCAGGGCGGGGGCUGCUGCUGA